AUGGUCAAGAAGCAGACAAGUCCCGCCUACGUCCUGGGCGUGGGCAUGACCAAGUUCAUCAAACCGCGCGGCAAGGUCGACUACAAUGAGCUUGGAUACGAGGCCGGCAUCAAGGCGAUGCUCGACGCCAAGAUCACUUACGAUGAUGUGGAUCAGGGUGUAGCCUGCUAUGUGUAUGGUGACAGCACCUGCGGUCAACGCGUCUUCUACCAGUUUGGCUUGACCAAUAUUCCCAUUUAUAAUGUGAACAACAACUGUUCCACAGGGAGCACGGGACUGGCCAUGGCCCGCACGAUGGUCUCGCAUGGAGCAGCCGACUGUGUUCUUGUGGUGGGCUUUGAAAAGAUGAACCCGGGUAGUUUGCAAUCCAUGUACAACGACCGUGCCAACCCUACCGGUCUCUUCGGUACCAUGAUGGCCGAGACUCGCGGUGUCACCAACGCUCCCGGGGCUGCUCAGAUGUUUGGCAAUGCCGGUCGGGAAUAUAAGGAGAAAUACGGUGCCACAAACGAGGACUUUGCCGAGAUCGCCCGCAUCAACCAUGAACACUCCAAACGCAACCCGUACUCGCAAUUCCAGGAUGAAUAUACUUUGGAACAGAUCAUGAAGGCGCCCAUGAUUCAUGAGCCCCUGACGAAACUGCAAUGUUGCCCAACGUCCGACGGUGGUGCUGCUGCUGUCGUUGUCUCGCAAGAGUUCCUCGACGCCCGCCCACAUCUGAAGUCUCAAGCCAUUAUCAUCGCUGGCCAAUGUCUUGCAACCGAUUCCGACUCGGUCUAUAGCAAGAGUUCCAUCGACUUGAUGGGUUUCGGUAUGAGCCGCCACGCCGCACGCACCGCUGCGGCCGAGGCUGGAAUCAAUAUCAAAGAUGUCAAGGUCUGCGAAUUGCACGAUUGCUUCUCGGCGAACGAGAUGAUCACUAUCGAUGCGUUGGAGCUGUGUGAGCCCGGCAAAGCUCACGAGAUGGUUCGCCGUGGGGACAUCACUUACGGUGGUAAGAUGGUCAUCAACCCGUCCGGCGGGUUGAUCUCCAAGGGUCAUCCCCUUGGCGCGACUGGCAUUGCCCAAUGUGCAGAGCUAGUCUGGCACCUACGUGGAUGGGCGAACAACCGCCUGGUCAAGGGUACUGAUGCUGCCCUGCAGCAUAACCUGGGUCUUGGCGGUGCCGUUGUGGUGACAGUGUACAAGCGCGCUGAUGGCAAGGCGGCAGAGGCUGUGCCUUCAGACGCUGUGGGUAAGAUCAACGGUCUUGGUUAUAACCCUGCGGUAGAGGCUCGGGGAUUCACGGCCGAGCAGGCAAAGUCGGUUGUCAGCAAGAAGCACAGCAGCGACUGGGCCGUGGCGGACGCCCAAGAGCGUGUCCUUGCACGAUUCUGA